AUUGCUAAUUGGUGGCUUCCCCUCCUUUAUGCUCUGUGUCCCACUGUGCAGCUAUCCUGAUAAGUCUGGAUGAAAGAAGCUAUGGAUCCCUAUUCUUCCCUUCCUCGAACCAUGCUGCUGAUGGUCUUAUUUAUUCAUUUUCAUCCCGUUAAAGGAUUUUGGCUUUUGAAUGUCUUGUUCCCUCCUAGCAGCACCCCUCAAGCUGCCUCAACCAACCAUACUCCACCUGUCGUGCUGGUACCCGGCUGCUUUGGAAACCAAUUGGAAGCAAAAGUAGACAAAGAAGAUGUUGUAAACUGGAUGUGCUAUCGAAAAACCGAUGAUUACUUCACAUUAUGGCUCAAUCUGAAUAUGUUCCUGCCUCUAGGAAUAGACUGCUGGGUAGAUAACAUCAGAGUUGUUUACAACAAAACCACAAGGAUAGCUUCAAAUGCUCCAGGAGUAGACAUUCAUGUUCCGGGCUUUGGGCAGACGCAUUCUGUGGAAUACCUAGACAAGGGCAAGUUAGCUGGCUACUUCCAUACCCUUGUGCAGAAUUUGGUAAAUAAUGGCUAUGUAAGAGAUCAGACUGUGCGUGGCGCUCCGUAUGAUUGGCGAAUUGCUCCCAAUGGACAGAAGGAAUACUUUGAGAAACUGAAAGGCCUGAUCGAGGAGAUGAGUGCCGAGUAUCACAAGCCUGUCUUUAUCAUUGGUCACAGUCUUGGAAGCCUCUAUCUGCUUUACUUCCUAAUCCACCAGCCCCAGCAAUGGAAAGACAAAUAUGUCCAAGGAUUUAUAUCCCUAGGGGCUCCAUGGGGGGGCGCUGUCAAACCACUGCUUGUUCUCAUGUCAGGUGAUGACCAUGGAAUUCCAAUGGUAUCGAAUUUCAAGAUCCGCGAGGAGCAACGUAUGACCACAACUAAUCCUUGGAUGCUACCUACCAACUUAGGAUGGCCAGAAGAACAUGUCUUCAUUUCUACUCCAUCAUAUAAUUACACCUAUCGAGACUACAAGAAGUUUUUCCAAGACAUUGAGUUCGAAGAUGGUUGGUAUAUGUGGGAAGACACAAAAGGUCUCCUGGAAGGCCUCCCACCACCUGGCGUAGAAGUGUAUUGUAUCUAUGGAACGGGACAUCCGACUGCUGAGACCUACUUUUAUGGAGAUGGUUUCCCCAAUGAGCCGCCUCUUGAGAUUCAUUAUUCGGAUGGGGACGACACUGUACACACUAGAAGCAUGGAGUUGUGUAAACGUUGGCACACACAGCAGAAAGAGAAAGUCCAUGUGUUUGAACUGAAAGGAAUUGAUCAUCUUAACAUAGUGUUCAGUAACAGGACAUUGAGUCUUCUCAAUGACAUUCUGCUGGGGAAUGAUGUCAUAGAUUAAAAAAACUGCACAAUACCUGUUUGACCCACAGUUCGAAUUACAAGCUAUUCAUUUGUGAUUAGGUAUAA